AGCAACUGAAGCACGAGUUUCGCCCGCUGAUGUCGAUCGGACCGGAAGCGUCCCUGUUCGAGGCGAUCCGCCGGCUCAUCCGCUACCGUAUCCACCGUCUGCCUGUGAUCGACCCCGCGACCGGAGACGUCCUCUACAUCGUCACCCACAAGCGCAUCUUCCGCUUCCUCUGCCUCUACCUGAACGAACUCCCGCGCCCCUCGAGCCUGGACAAGACGCUGAGGGAGCUGAAGAUCGGGACGCUCGAGAACGUGGCCACGGCCACCGAGGACAUGCCCAUCAUCCAGGCGCUGCGGCUCUUCCUCGACCGACGGGUCUCGGCCCUCCCCAUCGUCGAUGUCGACAACAAGCUGAAAGACAUCUAUGCCAAAUUUGAUGUGAUAAACCUGGCAGCUAUGAAGACGUACACGAACCUGGAAGUGAGUCUCAAGCAGGCCAACGAGCAUCGAACCGAGUAUUUCGAGGGAGUCCUCAACUGCAACCUCGACGAGACGCUCGGCACCGUCAUGGCGAGGAUAGCCAAGGCAGAGGUAGGAGCGCGGAAACAUCCGGAGGGGAGGUGCGUGGAUGCAGGUCGCACGGUGCAGAUGGCUCCUUUCUGUGUGCAGGUGCAUCGACUGGUGGUGGUGGAUGAAGAGGGGCGAGUGGUGGGUGUGAUCUCACUCUCAGACAUCCUCAAAUUCCUCGUCCUCGAACCGGCU